UUUUUUUUCUUUGUUUUGUAUGGAUCUAAAAAAAAUGAUUCGUUUAUUAAUUUUUCUGUCUAUUCUUUACGCUGUGUACGGUAUUGAAUAUGCACCAAUUAUCAAUAUUGAUUCUGGUCAGGUUCGUGGCUAUAAAUCACAAUUAAAUGAUGGUGACAGCAUUUAUAUUUAUCAAGGUAUUCGUUAUGGAAAUGCAAAACGAUUUGAAAAAGCAAAAUUUGUUGAAAAUUGGUCUGGAAUUUAUGAUGCUAUUGAAAAACGUGAUGCAUGUCCACAACCGGGUAAAUAUAUAAGAACUGUUUGUGAUCCACAACGACCUCCUUCAGAUGCGAAAUCAAUGAGUGAAGAUUGUCUUUAUCUUAGUGUUUAUAAACCGGAACAUCAACCAAAAAUGUAUCUUCCAGUUAUGGUCUGGAUUCAUGGUGGUUCAUUUAUUGGUGGUUCAAUAUUUGAUGAUGUUUACAAUCCAAGCUAUAUGGUUUCAAUGGGUAAUGUUAUUGUUGUCACGAUUAAUUAUCGUCUUGGACCAUUUGGUUUUCUUUAUACUGAAAUGGAUAAUGUACCUGGAAAUCAAGGAUUAUAUGAUCAAAUUUUAGCCCUCCAAUGGAUACAUAAUAAUAUUGGUCAUUUUGGUGGCGAUCCAAAUCGUGUGACAGUAUUUGGUGAAUCGGCUGGUUCAAUGUCAAUAUCGGCAUUAAUUUUAUCACCAUUAACAAAAGGUUUAUUUACCAAAGCAAUUCUUCAGUCUGGUUCCACCAAUGCUUAUUUGGGAUCAUGUGAAAAACAUAAAGCAUUAAAUAAGACGAUUGGUUUGGCACAACGAUUAAAUUGUUAUAGUGAACCAUAUAAUGAAACAGCUUCUAUUGAAUGUUUACAAUCAAAAAAUGUCACUGAAAUUCUGAAUGCAAGCACAAAUGAUUUGAUCAAUGGACGUUUAAUGAUUCCUGUUUAUGGUGAAAAAUUGAUGCCAAUUCCGCCUGUGAAAGCAUUAGAAACAAAACAAUUUAAUCAUGUAGAUAUUAUGUUUGGUGUGAAUCGAAAUGAAGGAUCUGGUUUCGUUUCACAAUUAGUGCCAUCAAUAAUGAAUCCGAAUGUUAAAAAUCCAAACAUUACAUUGCCUAUGGUUAAAACGGCAAUUUGGUUGAUGAUGAUGAUAUUUGAAAAAUCCGAAAAAACUACACAAUCAGUUAUUGAAUUUUAUAUGAAACAAUUGGAUGAAAAAUCAAAUGCAGAUGAUAUGAGAAUAAUUAUAGCCGAUGUUUUCGGUGAUUAUCAUCUGGUUUGUCCGACAAUGUUAUUCGGUGAAUAUAUGUCACGUGGUCUAAAUUCAACAAUCAAUACAUUUUAUUCAUAUCGGCUAAUGUUACCAUUAUCAAAUGGAGCAUUUAGCGGCGAUGGUUGGGAAGGUGUUUGUCAUGGUGAAGAUGUUGCUUAUCUAUUUAUGGUACCCAUGAAUCAUAAUGCAUAUUCAAAAAGUGAAAUUCAACUAAGUAAUGAUAUGAUUAAUGCAUGGACACGAUUCGCAUGGACAGGACAUCCAAAUGCAUUGAAAAAUGGUGAUAAAACAAUCGAAUGGAAUGAAGCAAUCGAUCUAAAUGAUCAAUCCAGUGGUGUAUCAUUUAUGGCAUUAGAUUCAAAUCAUUAUGAAAUGAUUUCCAAUUAUUUCCGAGUGAAAUGUGAUCAAUUUUGGAAGCCAAUAAUUUUUAAAUAAUAAUAACAACAACAUAGUUGUAAUAAUCACCGACAGAUUGCGUACAAUGUGUUUCAUUUAAAUUUUAAAUGAUUGUAAAAAUGCAUCCAAUGUUCAAGUGGUUAAUUAAAUGACCAAAAUGAUGACUUUUAAUGUUGAUUAA